AUCAGCAUUCGUGAGGUGGCCAGGCAGGCUAACCACACAACAGUAUCAUUACCUGUGGGCGAGCCAGGCAGGCUUGCUACGCAGCAGCAUACAGCAGCAGCAUACAGCAGUAGCAUACAGCAUCGACAGCACCGCGCGGGCUCGAGCAACAGCACAACAGUAACAGCAUAUCAAGUGAGAUCUUUCCAUAUUACUACUUAAUCCAGUAUGGAUCUCGAUAAUCUUCAGCCUAGUCAACAGCAAACAUCGUCUAAUAUCACAGAUGAAUUAGCACAGCAAGUAGAACCCCUGAAAUCCAACGGGAAACUUCGGGAGCUCCUUAGAAGGCAGAUAUCAAACUUCAAAGCAUUCGAGAGAACAGUCAGCAACAUAGAUUUAAGUAGCAUGUCCGAAAAAUGGGAGUUUGAAUACACCCUAAAAUCAAUACAGCAGCGCUGGUCAACUAUAGACUCUCUUCACUGGGAGGUCGACAUGUACCAAGAAGGUGAGGAUGAGGUAUAUCAAAGCAUAUUUUCUAAACAUGAACGAACAUACAACGAGUACAUCAAAUCAAUCAACAGCAAAUUAUGGUCCGUUGCACAUCGCGAGUAUUCUACGCCCAAAAUGGAUAUUCCAGUUUUUACGGGUAACUACCAGCACUGGACCUCAUUCAAGGACCUUUUCCUAGAAACAAUCGACCGCAACCCGUCCUUAUCAAAUGCACAAAAAAUGCAGUUUUUGAAGAGCAAGAACAAAACAGGAAAAAAGCAUCAAGCAAGCAAACGAAUGAAUCAUGUAAAGGUCAAUCAUCAGCCGGAAAGAAGACACGACCAGUUAAGAAGAAAUUCGACUUUAUAUCAAUGGCGAUAGGGCUUCUUUCAUUCAUGAGCAUUAUGUCUACGUCUAGAUCGGAGUAUAAUAUUACUGAGAUGAGCGCCAGCCAAUCGUUGUAUUUCGACCCCAUAACAAAGAUGCAACUUAUCAGAGACAAAUGGACCUUAGUUGUGUACCACGAUAUGGCCCCGUACUGGCAAGGUGAACUAGCAUACAAAAAAUUAUCAAAUCACUUGGACAAACUAUGUACUAACAUCGAGAAUAAUCAACAAUGCCAUAUGAUUUUACUACAAAUGAAUCACGACUACUCAGAAUUACAAUAUAACAAUCAACUUUUAUUGACACAGCAUUUUACCGAGCACUCCAGACAGCGUCGCGGUCUUAUCAACGGCGUAGGCUACCUUGCGAACACAUUGUUUGGUGUGCUAGAUCAGCAUUUUGCAGAUAAAUACACUGAGGACAUUGAACUGAUUAGAAAUAAUCAACAACACUUGGUAAAUCUAUGGCGUAACCAAACUUCUAUAGUAGAGUCAGAAUUUAACUUGUUAAAAAGAACAGAAGCAUCGAUGGAAAGGCAGUAUAACAUUAUAAAUAGUCGGUUAAACUCUCUCGAUAAGGCAACAAACGAUUUAAAUAAGCAAAUACAGAGCAUGUCGGAAGUCGAGGAUUUUAUUAUGUCAGCAAUGUCGGCUAUGAACUUACUUCAGAAUCUAAAAAGCAUUCAAAAUACCCUCUUGGACACCAUCACUGACGUAUAUCAAGGCCAACUGAACGCCCACCUGUUGACUCCCAAGCAACUACAGAGUGAACUGAAUGUGAUAUCAGGACAGUUAUCAAAGGAUUUAAGCAUACCGAUCGACAACAUACAAAUUGACUUAUACAAAAUAUACAAACUUUUAAAAAUAAAAACGAGAAUCACUACACAAUACCUUAUCUUUGAAAUACAAUUUCCUCUAGUGAGCAGGGACAUAUACCAGCUGUAUCAGAUAAUACCCAUCCCACAUCAAUUUGGCAAAUUAAUGACUGAAAUAGUCGCCUUAUCACAAUACGUAUCAUUAAACCUAAACAAGGACGCCUACAUCAUAUUAUCAAUCGACGAGUUACAAGGAUGCAUAUUACACGAGGGACAUUACUUGUGUGAAUUAAAGAGCCCAAUUUAUCAUCUAAGCACUGACGAGAAGUUUUGUGUUUUUAAUCACAUCAAUAACAGUUGCAAAGUAGCUACCACAACCUGCCGCAACCAGUGGAUAAAACUAAACAAUCCUCUGCAGUAUCUGUACUUCUGUUGCGAUACAUACAAUUUGCGGAUCAUAUGUGACAAUACAGUACACAGUCGCGAAAUAAAGAAAUCUGGAAUAAUAACUCUGCAUGAUAAGUGUCAAAUUAAAGGCAAGGAUUUCACAUUACUGGCAAGCGGGCAACAAUUCAAUACUAUACAAACGGCACCGAACAUCCUUACACCAGAUGUUCCAGAAAUCAACCACAUUAUCAAUAUAACAAUGCCUUACUUCAAAGAAGACGAUACAGAUAUCAAUAAACUGAACAGCUCUAUAGAUAGCUUGGAAUCCCAAAUAAAGAGCAUGAAGAGCAACAUGGAUGAAAUGCCUGAGCUGUCGAGCCACGACAUACAUCAAUACUCCAUCAUCUACAGCCUGGUCGCCGCGUGCGCGUGCGCGGCGCUCGUCGUCGCCUGGAGGAGGUGUCGGCGUCGGCGGCGUCUGGUGCUCUCACCGGGCGCGCAACGCAGUGACAAUAGUGAAAUACAAUCAGUGGUUCACAAUGAAAGUGAAAGUGUUAGUGCGCGAAAAGCAUUCUCGAUAAUCGAAGAUAGUGUCAUGUAGCAUAAUCACUCAUUUUUUUAUUAUUUUUUUUAUCAGUAAAUUUUUUUCUAUCAUUAUUAUGUAUAAUUUUAAGCAUUUUGUUUUUUUUCUCCCGCCCGGGAGCAUGUUCGGAAAGUAACCGAACACCUUGUAAAAUAGCAUAAGUACAUAUAGUUAGAUCGCCGCCUGCGCGCGACGCUUUUCUAUAACAUCAGUGUAUCAUCAACCAUCAACGCGAUCACUCAUUAAAUUAGUUUUUAAGAGCAAAGCAAUCUUUUAUUUAAAUAUCAUUAAAGUGUUUUGGCAGCAG